GUACGCGCGUGAGGAGGAUGUCUCUCUCUCGCGCGUCUCGCGAGAGAGACAGAACGGGCCAUUGAUCCGCCGUCGUUCCGAGGCCGUUCGUCCAGUCGAUUUGGAUCACGAUCGUCGUGUGUCUAUCGAAGAAUCGCACUUUGAGCGACAGUCCGGUGCGCGCGUGGAUCGACUUGUUUGCCUACGAGCACGCGAGCAAAUCGCGGAAGUCUGGCUCUCUCGAACGGGGAAGCCGGCGCGCUUUCCGGUGUGAUAAAUAUCACGGUGGUAUAUUUCUCUCACCCGCUACACGGCGCCUCGAUCGUCUGAAUUAGUCGAAAGUAUCGUCCAACUGAAGUUUUUUCGGCACACCCGUUCUGCGAGGCGUGGUUAUAAAAACGAUCGUCUUCUUUGAGCAACGCCCGCAGCCAAGACUGUCGGAUUCGCGCUCGAAGAUCGUUCGGUACGUCUCUCGGUGACAAGAACGCAGAAGAUGGAAAUUCGGCGUGUUUGAAGAAUUCAUCUCUCCUUACAUUUCAUCCACAAAGAGGAUCCAAAGGUGCAAACGGUUUUUCGUGACAUUUUCGAGAAGAGCAUCGCGACGAAAGGCGUCGAUGGGGUUCAAGGAGAGCGAGGGAGACGCUCGUUAAGGCGCCUCUAAUAAUAGCAAGCGCGAGUGUACCAAGCGAUCUAUAAAUACGUUCUCUGGCCCCGUGGAAACACGAGCCCGUGGAUUUCACGGUGCAACCUGUGCGCCGAUAGCGAGAGCGAACGAAGCGAACGAAGUGGCGAAUCACGAGAAACAGCGUUUCGAUAAUUGCGAUCGGAUAAUUGGACUGCACGCGAAUCCAUUUCGCGGGAAUGUUCUCGACGAGAAUGAUAUAACUGUGCAAGUUGCAGAAGAAUCUCGCGAAGUAAAGGAGUUCCCUGAGCGAACCAAGCCGUAACGAGAAGCGAGACUCUACACAAGCAAAGCGUCGACAAUCACCUCGAGUGAUUUCCGAUCUUCAUCUUGGACUCCACGAUAUCAAUGCUGGAUCGCGGUUGGAAGUCGUAAUACACGCCAAUCGAUAACGUCUCAACGGCAGGGACUUAAUCGACGUUGUGGUAUUAUCCGCCGCAUCUGGCGAAGCUAACGUGUGUCGGAUGCGAGAAAUCAAUGUGAACGCGCACACGAUCCAGCGUGGAUCAUCACUACUCGAACUCUCGCGAAUCGGCUGACCGUCGGCUGAUCGCGAGGCCCGAUCUCCGCAGAAUCCCGUUGCCUCGUUAGCGCCGAGGAUCCUGCCGUGUUCCCUCGACGCGGUCAAUUCGUGCGACCUAGUAUCGCACGCUGAUUGCGCGAAUUGAGAUUUCUUCCUUGCGCGAUUCUCUCCGAUCGGGUGACGGUGGAGAUCAGAACAUCAAGCUGGUGUCAGACGAACGAGUGCAACGUUGCGGACCGAUGAGUACGAGUACCGAUGCCUCGGAUGGACGAUCGUUCCGACACGGUCGUCGUUGGUUUACCAAGCGCAGUGUAAAAGAACUUCGCAGUGCUUCGAUUCGCUACGCGUUGUAGUGUAAUGUUCACGAAUAUACGUACCUAUUGUUAAAAUUAAUUUAAAAUGGUUCAAACGAUGACUAUGAAUCACGCUGACAAGUGACGUUCAAGUUACACGACGUGGAACAAACGAGUGCAAAAGGAAGAAAAACACGCUUCGCACGUAACGUUGAACGUCGAUUUCUAAAUAGUCCAAGCUAGCGAUCGGUUUUGACAAACAAUGUAAUAAGUGACAUUCGAUCAGUACUAAUAUUUCGAUAAUUUUGAGCAGCUUUCAUUAUUGUCUUUCACAUGGUAGAGCGGACGUGAAGCGUGGACGCUACGGAACGCCUUAUCGCUUAUCACAUCGCGCGUGUUUAUCAUCUUUCGUCAAAACAUCGGCGCAGUUACAGCAAGAUUCCAUCUGAAGAAACCAACUGGUCUGGUUAAACAUCCGCAGUUCGAGUUAAACAUUUUUUUCUAGACUGUAUUCCGGGAAGACUCGUCGCAGGAGGAAAACUGAUUCAAAUUCGCUGCAAUCCACAUCAAUCCGAGCCGCUCUCUGGAGCCGACGUUUUGCGUAGUAGUAUCCCGUCUCGUCGAUCGAACGUGUCGCGCAAUGCCCACUUCCGGAUGUGCCAGGGACCCCCAUUGACACCGCAGCGAAGGAUCCACCCCCGCGGAAGAUGAGCGGCGAGUGAGAAGCCACCCCUACGAGCAGCGUGGCCGUCGGAUCGAGAUCCCGUGAGCGGCGACGCGGUCCAUCCGGUCGCACACGCGAAGCGGAGAGGACGAUCGCGUCACCACGGUGGAGGGCGGCAGUGCUGUGCGGGGGGUCGUGGUGGACCCCGGAGAUGACACAGCCAUGAUGGCCUACGGGGGCACCGCUGGUAACGGGGGUGCGAUGGGUCCGUCGACCGGCGGCGGUGGCGGCGCGGAAGUCCUAGGCACCGCUGCCGGAGAUUACAGCCCUCAGAGCACGCCCACGCCGUUGACCGGGCACACGACGACGGGCGGCUCGGUGGAGAAUGCUUACACGCCCGGCGCGACCGGGGCGGCCAGCUACAGUCCGCAGGAUAGCCCGGCAAGUUCCGCCGGAGGUAGCGGUAACGGCCAGCUGCCGAGUUUCGGCUUCACGCAGGAGCAGGUCGCGUGUGUCUGCGAGGCGAUGGUGUCGAAUGUCCAGGUUCUCCAGCAGGCAGGCUCUGUGGAGAGGCUCAGCAGAUUCCUCUGGUCUCUGCCGGCGUGCACUAGGUUGCACCGGCAUGAGAGCGUGCUCAAGGCCAAGGCGAUCGUCGCCUUCCAUCGGGGCCAAUUUAAGGAGCUCUACAGGAUCCUGGAGAACCACACUUUCAGUCCGAACAAUCACCCGAAGUUGCAGGCUCUCUGGCUCAAGGCUCAUUAUAUCGAGGCCGAAAGGCUACGCGGAAGGCCCCUUGGCGCUGUUGGGAAGUAUCGAGUGCGCCGCAAGUUUCCGCUGCCGCGCACCAUCUGGGAUGGCGAGGAGACAUCUUACUGCUUCAAAGAGAAGUCCAGGAGCGUCCUGAGGGAUUGGUACGCUACCAAUCCGUACCCAUCACCGCGUGAGAAGCGAGAAUUGGCGGAAAGCACCGGCCUUACCACUACGCAAGUUAGCAAUUGGUUCAAGAAUCGAAGACAGAGAGAUCGCGCCGCCGAGCAUAGUGGCCAAAGGGAGGACAAGGCCCACGGCGGGGGUCUCGGGGAUUCCAGCAGCGAGAGUGGCGACGAGACGAAGCGGCAGACAGGCCAGCAACAGCAGCAGCAACAGCAGCAGCCAUCCUCAUGCGCGGUUCAGCAGCAGCAACAGCAGCAGCAGAUGGUGGAUCAUCAACAAACCUCCACCAUGUACCAGCUUCCGCCUCCGGUCUCGGUCUCCAGUCCGCACUCGUAUCACCAGGGUCACGGUUCGUCCUUGAACCACCCGCACAUGCAGCAUCAUGACACGAGCAGCGAGAGCGGCGAUGACAAGAGGAAUCUCCAUCAUCAACUGCAGCAUCAUCUUCAGGUCGGCACUCACGGUGCACACGGCUUGGUCCAUCCAACUGCUACCUUACCGCCACCGCCGCCCAGUUGCGCACAACAGAAAAGUCAGCUGGAUUAUAUGCAGUACUAUAGCCCGCAGGACUAUUUAAUCGGCACACCGACCUCGGCGGAUCUGCAGAAGUCCCUGCCGCAUACGGCGACGUCGAUGCAAAUGGGCGCGAUCGCACCCUCCAUGGGAGGGCUGAGUCCAAUGGGCCCCUCGACGAUGCUGUCCAAUACCAUGCAGAGCGUCAACACCAUGAACACUAUGUCGAUGAACGGCAUGGGCAUGGGCGCUUACCAGGGCAUGGGCUCCAUGGGGAUGUCCACGUCGCACGCGAGUUACCAUAGCGGCCUCGUGCUGGGCGAGUACCAUUCCUUGUGACCUUGGGCCCCAAGCACGCAGAGCAAAAGGAGCCAAGAGAAGACUUAAUGCACAUUGGCGACGCGCGAGGCUUCCGAACGAUUAAGGUACUCGAAUGGCUUGCCGCCGAAAUUUGAAUUGCCAAUAAAUUAUUAUCGCCAAUAAAGAAUAAGAGAAGAGAGAACUUUAUAUAUUAAAGUUUGUUAAAUACAUUGAAAAUAUAAAAUCACUUAUAAAAUAAGUCCAUGUUUAAGUAAAGUUACCGAAUGUUCAUUAAUUCGAUGAAUUAACCGGCAACCCACUUACCAAUGAGGAUAGAGAGCUCCGUUUAAAUUGAAAAUAUUUUUAUUGCGAUAAUAAUUUUUUGGCGGUGCAAUAAUGCCCAGAUAAACAGGGAGGAAAGUUCUCCGUGGAUACACAUCACUGUAUCCUCUUGGAACAUUUCUCAGUUGGUGUUUUAGAGCAUAUGAAGAGCGUCAAAUAGCUACUAUCAAAUCCGUCACGUUUGCCUCGGCAUUCAGAAUCUGAAGAAUUCUUUCAUUUUCGUAAAAACGAGAAUUAUUUAAAAGAGAAAAAUUUUAAAGAGAAUUAUUCUUUCCGGAAUAUGUAUUGAAUUCCUGUUCGGAAAAACAAUUAUGCAUAGAAAUGACUUUGCAACUAGUGCGAGUUGAUCGACCACUCUUCUCAAUUAUUACGAGUUUAUAUUAUUUAAUUAUUUCUUCUCGAAAUUGCACUUUGAAGUGAAGCACUUUGAAUUAUCUGUUUACUUAAAACUAUUGGAUUGUUUUUUCAGCAGAAAUGCUUUUUUUAAACGUACAUAAACAUUCUUGAAGUUUCCGACAUGAAAAGCUAACAGUUCGAUCUCAAAGUCCCGUGAGAAUCGGUGUCAAAGGAUGCCGAGGCGACGAUGACGUUUCCGAACGAAAUAGCAAAAGACAUAUUAGCAUUUUAUUUUCCCAGUUCGUACACUCUCGUGGCAGGUCGGCUAAACCGGCUUGUAUUUACCACUAUUUCCAUAAGCAAACAACCGGCGAAAAAUUCCGCCAGCUUUUCUGUCCCGCCACCGUACUUGGCGCCAUACUUUUCCAUUUUCCUGUCCGAGCAGAAUAAAUUGCGGAGAGAAACGUUUCUUUCUUUUCCUACGCGAAGUGCACGUAAAAUACGAGAGAAUGCAAUCCGCCCUCUCCUCCUGCUCCUCACUUAUAGAUUUGAGCUCGCUAAUUAAUUAUAGCCAUAAACAACCACGCUCCUCUUACACCGUAUGCUUUUGUUUGUUCUGUAUGUAUAUAUGUAUAAUACACACGCAUUCGAUACAUUAUUAAGUUAAUCUCGUCGUUGUUCGCUGUCUACCGGUUGGUCCCUAAUCGUUGGUUGAAUUCCGUGAUUAGGCGAUUACAAAAUUUUAUAUUUUAAUGUCGUAAUAAUUAAAGAGUAAUCAACCAAAUUAUCAGUCGAUCAGUCAAUAGUCAAACGUUUCAUGGUCGUUAUUAUAAUCUUUUUAUUUUUCUUAACUCGAACAUGCACAAUAAAAUUCAUGAAAAUAAUGUGAGCAUAGGAGACAUUGAUUUGUUACUUUAAUAAAUCACAUUUGAUAGAUAAUUAGUGUACGAGGAAGCAGGUUUAUUAAAAACUUAUUAUUAUAAGGUAAUAUACGAAGCAAUGACUAUUGACGAAAAAUGUGAUAUCGUGUGGUACUUAAAUUUACUAAAAACAGCUGAAAGGAUCAGGAAAAGGGUACCCCAGUAGACGGUGAAUGCUGUCGCAGUAUAAGAUAGUGCAUAAGUUAUCAUAUAUUCGCAAAUUCGCAGUUUGUACAUAAACAUAAAGACAAUGAGAGAGAGAGAGAAUGUGGAAAAACGAGUAUGUGUAUGUGCGCGAAAAGAAAAGAGUGCAAGAGAGAAAAAUAUUACGCGACAGUAGGACAAAGAUGGAAAAGUCGGAACAUUGAAAUAAAUCAUUUAGUUUUAUUACAAACGACAUGCUUAUAUUUUAAAUUGGGUUUUAUUAUGACAAGGUUAAACAUUGUUUUAUUUAUUUACAUACAUCGCAGCCUCUAUUCAGAUUUGAUAACAAAAUGCCUGUAAUAUUUUCAUUUACUUUUAUUGCGGAGAACAAUAUAUAGAGAAAUUAAUUAUUGAAACUUUUAAAGCUUUCAAAACAAGUUAAUAUCGCUUGUAUUAAUUUCCAAUGUUGACUUUCCAUUCGUGAGAUAUCUCGCGUACAGAUGUCCUGAAUAUUCCGUUAGCUACGACAUUGCCUUGUAGAUUCUUAUCUAGGAUGUCGAGGAGAGAAAGGAUUUCCCUUACGAGAGAGUCCGCGGGACAAAACAGGGUAGGGGAUAAAGAAAGAAAGAGAGAAUCUCGAAGUGGACAGAAAAAAAGAGAAAUAACAUAAAUAAUAUAAUAAUAUCUUCGACUUGUGGCAGUGCCGGCCGACGUCAUUUUCAUUUGACAUCUUUUACAUUUAUCAUAUAUUAUGUAUUUGCUAAUCUUUUGCAAAAAUAAUUACGCUCAAAACUACGUUGAAGUAUUUAUUCGACAAUUCGUAAGUGCCACAUUACGUGUUACAAUAGAGACUAUAUUAAUGGCUGCUGGAAGAAAGAAUCAAUUAACGUAGAAUAUUUCUUAAUGAAGAUAUUACAUAAGAAAUGCAUACACACGUGUAAUAGUAAUGCUACUCUCAUGACACAAUCUUUUUUACCGUUCGGCAGAGAAUUUACAACGUUGAAUGCGAUCACUUUACCAAUAAGAUUCUUUUGGAUUCUUUCAUGUAUUAUGAGAAUUCAUAAUACAAUGUCUUUUUUUAAUUUUUACAAUGCAGUAUUGCGUAUCAGUCGGCCUUUGAAAGCUCAAAGUUAAAGCCAAUUUCCUAGAGUCGUACAUUUUAAUUAAAUUAUGUUAGAUAUAAGGAUCAAUCGAAAUCAUCGACAACUGUGAAAUUGUUACUCUUGCAUUCAUAAAUAGCAGUUUUAUAAUCAGAUUUUAUGUUAAGUUCUCAUGCAUGUAAUAAGCAUCAUGCUUCCUUGACUCUUCAGUUGCGAUUUUCAUUUUAUACCUUUAUUGGCUAUUAGUAUGCAUUUUGUGUUCUUUACGUAUAACAUUACAUUUGAUAAAUUGUGAUCAUAUUUACUGAUAAAAAUUAUCUUUUUUCUCAUUUGUAUUGAUUAUUUGAAUAUUUGAUAAGUUAAGAUAUAUUCUUCAAUAUUUAUAUAUAAAAUCAUUAUAUUGCAGGUUUAGCUAAAUCAGUGAGUUACAUUUAUUUUAUUAUAUCAUUUUAUAAUAAUGUUUUCAUAAAGAAAUUUAUUUUUUAUUCUUCUAAAAAGAUAUAUGAAAUAAAGAUACAAAGAAUAAAUUCUUUUCUAUGAUGAAAACAGUUUUGCAACUGAAGGGUUAAUUAAAUCAAUAUUAAACAAAAUGUUCUAAAUUUUAUAAUGUUUAUUACUUUUUAGCUAAUAACUUUAAACAACUGGAAACAACUUACUUUGGAACAACUUACUGGAGCCAUUAUCAUUUUACUUUAUCGCACUUAAAAUUUUAUUUAAAAGCAUCUAUAUGACACAAGUUGUGAUGCACAAAUGGAGGGCAAUCGAUUGCACAGUCUUCUUUCAAUCCUUUUUUGUUUUUCUUUCUAAAGAUGUUUCUUCCUAGAUUCCAUUACUUUUCCGAGGUAUCGUUUCCAAGUUUGCGAAGCUUUACUCAAAAGCAACUUGAGAAAUUUUGUACGAAACAAACGCUGCGAUUCGACCAAAGCUAAAGAAUUAAUUUUUACGAAUAGGAUAUUAAUCAUAAAACAAUUCUUGCACAAAUUAUGCACUCGCACGCAACUCGCGCAUACAGGAAAGCAGAUGAGCGUGGAAGGAGCGAAUGAAUGAAGGGAGAGCGUGCGCCGCACACAAAGACGAUUAUUAAUGAUCAUCAUCUGGUCCUCUCCAGUUCUCAUUCGUGUAUUUUAGCGAACAAACAUAACGUUGCACAACUAACUAAGAAGAAUUGCCGACAGUAAACACGAGCGUUAUUACGUGUGAGUGCGCGUAUCCGUGGAUGAGUGUAAGAUAUGUGUGAGCGUGUAUCUGUGCAUGCGAAAGAGGAUGGAAAGAGAGAUGAUGAUGCGUAAGUAGAUAUAAGUAAGAGAUCAUGAUGUACGAUCGAACUGUAAUCGAGUAAAGUUGAUGUUAUUUAAAGUAAUA